CCAGAAAACAAACGGCUCGUUGUCACCUCUUUGCAAGGCUUUCUGUUUGUUCAUCCCGUAUUUUCUUUCUACCAUUUGCCUAUCUCCCAUUUGUCCAUCUCAUGCCGCCGUUAAGGCGCUGGAUUCGUGGCGAUUUGUGAUCGAGCAGGCAGCAGCUCGAUGAAUAUGGCGUGUAUCGGGGACGCAGACCCUUUCACCGCUGCCAUACCUGCCACCAAAGUUGAACUCACGGUUUCUUGUAGAAACCUGCUGGACAGAGACACGUUCUCCAAGUCUGAUCCAAUUUGUGUGCUGUACACUCAAGGAAUUGCCAACAGGGAAUGGAGAGAGUUUGGCAGAACAGAAGUCAUCGACAACACCCUCAACCCUGACUUUGUCCGCAAAUUCAUCCUGGACUAUUUCUUUGAGGAGAGGCAGAAUCUACGCUUUGACCUGUACGAUUUGGACUGCAAGAGCGACAACCUCUCGAAACACGACUUCCUGGGCCAGGCUUUCGGCACGCUAGGUGAGAUCGUCGGAUCUCUGGGGAGUCGCCUGGAAAAACCUUUGAUUGGGAUACCGGGAAAGAAAUGUGGCACCAUCAUAGUGAGAGCAGAAGAGCUGAGCAACUGCAGGGAGUCGGUGAUGCUGCAGUUUUGUGGCAACAAGCUGGACAAGAAGGAUUUCUUUGGCAAAUCGGAUCCCUUCCUCGUCUUUUACCGCAGUAACGAAGACGGAUCGUUUACCAUCUGCCACAAGACAGAAGUGGUGAAGAACACUCUGGAUCCGGUGUGGCAGGCGUUUAAAAUUCCUGUCAGAGCGCUGUGUAACGGAGACUACGACAGGAGCAUUAAGGUGGAGGUGUACGACUGGGACAGAGAUGGAGGCCACGACUUUAUCGGAGAGUUCAGCACCAGCUACAGAGAAAUGUCCAGAAGCCAAUCACAGUUCCACAUCUACGAGGUGCUAAAUCCAAAGAAAAAAGGAAAGAAGAAGAAAAAAUACCAAAACUCAGGAACGGUCACCCUCCUGUCCUGCCUGGUGGACACAGAGCUCUCCUUCCUGGACUACAUCAGAGGCGGGACUCAGAUUAAUUUCACGGUGGCAAUUGAUUUCACAGCAUCAAAUGGCAACCCGUCCCAGCCCACCUCGCUCCAUUACAUGAGCCCGUACCAGCUGAAUGACUACGCCAUGGCACUGCGGGCGGUGGGAGAGAUUAUCCAGGACUACGACAGCGACAAGUUGUUUCCUGCGCUCGGAUUUGGAGCCAAGCUUCCCCCAGACGGGAGGGUCUCGCACGAGUUCGCCCUGAACGGUAAUCCACAGAACCCAUACUGCAACGGAAUCGAGGGGGUGAUGGAGGCCUAUUACCAGAGUCUCAAAUCUGUGCGUCUCUACGGGCCAACCCACUUCUCCCCUGUUAUUAACCAUGUGGCCAGGUAUGCGUCAGCGGUGACAAACGGAUCACAGUACUUCAUCCUGCUCAUUAUCUCUGACGGCGUCAUCACAGACAUGGCACAGACCAAGGAGUCCAUCGUUAAUGCCGCGUCUCUGCCCAUGUCAAUUAUAAUAGUUGGGGUUGGACCAGCGGAAUUUGACGAAAUGAUCGAGCUGGACGGGGACGAGGAGAGGAUCUCUUCCCAAGGACGAUAUGCGGAGAGGGACAUAGUUCAGUUUGUUCCUUUCAGAGACUACAUCGACCGGCGAGGAAACCACAUCCUCAGCAUGGCUCGCCUGGCUAAGGAAGUGCUCGCUGAAAUCCCAGACCAGUUCCUGUCCUACAUGAGAACCAGAGGGAUCAAACCCGGCCCCCUUCCUCCCCCUUACACCACCUGUCCUACACCUGCUCUCCACCCACUCCUUGCCAGACGGGUAAGCCGAAUCUAAAGGCCUGUCUCUUCAGCGCCGGCCAGCUGACUCCUCUGGUCUGUCCUCUCCUCUUUCUGCUUCUUCUUCCUGCUCUUCACUGGAAGCUUUUGAGCACACGGCGGACCUCGCCAGCUCUCUCAUGCUGCACUGUGGGGGGACGUUUUGCCAUGAGCCGUGAUCAUGAUGCGGAAAACCCAGAGUGGGACGCUUCCAAGGGACAUUUCUUGUAGGUUUUGAAGGAGGAGGAUCCUGGUGUCCCAGAAAGACAGAACAGGACUGAGAUUGACCACUCGCAGCUUUCAGACCGUAAGGGUCCAAGCUUUGGAGCCCCUGUUUUCAAACACUGUUCAUCUAUUUUCGAUUUCUCUUUCCACUUCCUCUAUCUCUCACAAUAUCAUCUUUCAAUAUAUAAAUGUUUACAAAUCGAGGACUGGAGUGGGAGUUUUUUUCAGGAGGACAUUUAUACCGAUCAAUGUGAAAACCUUUCAGAUUCCUAUUUUUCGGCUGCAGAAAACUGGAAGUUGUGACUUUGUACAAAAAAAACAUUUAGGCCCUGGUGCCAUGUUCCUCAUUACAGAGUGUUUUCUUUUUUUUUUUUUCAAAUAAAUGGAGCAUGUGCUAGUUUAAGAGAAGCAUGCACUGUCGUCUUGCACUCAGGGCUUUGUCCCUCCCACAAAACCCCACCAACACCAACACCACUGCCAUGCCCCAUUACAAGCCAACCCAUCACCGACAACCUGAAAUCUUCCCAAUUUCUGCUCCGUCCACCUGCCUUGACUCCUCAGGUAGCUGUGCUCCCUGGGAGUCUGGUCAAAUGAAAUGCAGCAGGGACUUGAACCAGCCUUACUCUUUUUUUGUCGGAUAACGUUCACAGGCACGGUGGGUUCUGGAAACGUGAAUCUCCAAGCCCAGGCGUCAAAAACACACAUCUCACAACCGAACCUGACUGUGUGUUAGCGUCUUUUUUUUUUUUUUGUGACUUAUCAUCAUACUUCAGAAUAAUUUAUUUGUUUUGUUUAACGUCUCUCUACCUCUCACGUGGUUUGAUAUUGCCAAAACGUUGUUUUAAUACCGCCAAUAACAACAAAGUGUUGGCGUUUCGGAUUUUUGGUAAGUCUGUUGAGUUCACAGUUUUUACCUUUCUCACUUAGUUUUCAUAAAAUAUCUGCCAAACAUGUAGGUUGAGAAUCACAGCACUUUGGUAGCUUUCAGAUCAGGUGACUCACACUUAUCUGUGCUAGCAUCACACUGUGAAUAUGUGCACAGAAAACAGCUCUCCAACAGACCAAAUUGAAAAGAUG